AUGGUGUUUGAAGGUUUUGAGAGCUUUGACGUGAAAGUUGACAGCGCAUGUCUGGGUGAGAUGCUCAGCAUACAUGGCAUCAGGAAGGGUCGAGGACCACCCCUUUUAUUGCUACAUGGAUAUCCGCAGACGCUCCGUAUAUGGAACAAGAUUGCCAACGUUCUUGCGGAGGCGUAUACGGUCAUAGCUACUGAUCUGAGGGGCUACGGGCAGUCUGACAAGCCAUCGGGAUCGUCGACACACGUCGAGUACUCGAAACGCGAGAUGGCCUCAGAUCCAGUUCAAGUCAUGUCUAGAUUGGGCUACGAGACGUUUUACCUCGUUGCUCAUGAUCGUUGA